GGCGCGGCGCUGGAGCCGGCCGGAGCAGGAGCCAGGAGGAGGGUCGGUGCCGGUACUGCGGGAGAGCUCAGAAACAAUGUCAUCCCUACUACUGCUGUAUGUCCGACUUCAUAUGCACUUGACGCACUGAUACUGAUGGAGGCUGCUGGCAGUGGCAGGAUGGAGCAGACACUAGGACUUUGUUUUCCCACCGAGCUGGCUGUACCCAUAUUGAUGUCCUGGGACAGAGCAUCCUAAAGAGGGGAAGAGACCACAGCAAAGUCCAGGAGGACACGAACAUGCUGAAACUGAUGCAAGAUAUUUUACUGAAACUGUGGGGAUUGGCACUGGAGGCAAACAGAAAGGAGAAUCCAGCUUUUUCUAAAGAACACAGAGAGCUGGAGCUGAGUGGCAAACAGAGAAGCAAAGCAACUUACUGUCUGCACAGGAAGUUCUGCUAGGAAAUACAGAUCCUGUGCAAGAAAGAGUCCUUCCUCAUGAUUAGGACUGGGACAAAGUCAAGUGUGAUAUCCUAACUGACAGAUCUUUGCUGAACCUGUGUUUCCCUGAAUGAAGAGACACAAGUGGUCCUACAAAUGUCCCUCACAAAGGAAGAUUUUGAUUCUGUGUGUUACUGGGUGGCUGAUUGCACUGCUGAAACUCCUCCAUGUCGAAAGACAGUUUUUUCCCUCUAAAGGCAUUUACUUAGUUGAGCACUUCUUGAGUACUUCUUCUUACGUUAGAAACAGAUAUUCAUACCCUAGAAAUGAGUUCCAGUAUGAAAUUAAUUGUACAUCUAUAUAUGAACAAGAUCCUCGUGAAAUUGGCAAGAGCUUAGAGAUAAGAAGAAAAGAAAUAGUUGAUUUAGCUGAUGAAGAUGUUGUAGCAAUGACAAGUGACUGUCACAUGUAUCGUUCACUUAGGAAGUACCAGCUAAAACCUGUUUCUCCAGAGGAGGAGAGUUUUCCAAUUGCCUAUUCUUUGGUUGUUCACAAAGAUGCAGCAAUGGUAGAAAGGCUCGUACAUUCAUUGUACAGUCAUCAAAAUAUUUACUGCAUCCAUUAUGACCAAAAGGCAACAAAAAGUUUCAAAUCUGCUUUGAACAAUCUAGCUAAAUGUUUCCCAAAUAUUUUCAUUGCAUCAAAAUUGGAGACAGUGGACUAUGCACAUAUUUCACGUCUGCAAGCAGAUUUCAACUGUUUGUCUGAUUUGAUGGAGUCUCCAGUUUCUUGGAAGUAUGUUAUCAAUUUGUGUGGCCAAGAUUUCCCUUUGAGAUCAAAUUUUGAGUUGGUUGCUGAACUGAAGAAACUUGGUGGAGGAAACAUGCUGGAAACUUCAAAGCCAAGCAGCAGCAAAAGAGAACGAUUUACUUAUCACUAUGAGCUUAUGAAAGUGCCUUAUGAAUACAUGCAGAUGCCUGUAAAAACCAACAUUUCCAAGAACCCGCCACCUCAUGAUAUUGAGAUAUUUGUAGGCAGUGCCUAUUUUGUUUUAAGCCGAGAAUUUAUUCAAUAUACCCUUGAAAGCUCACUUGCAAAAGAUUUUUUUGAGUGGUCAAGGGACACAUACUCUCCAGAUGAACAUUUCUGGGCCACUCUUGUACGAGUCCCUGGAGUCCCUGGGGAAGUUCCGAGGUCAUCCCAGGAUGUAACAGACUUACAAAGCAAAACUCGUCUGGUGAAAUGGAAUUAUCUGGAAGACUAUUUGUACCCUCCAUGCACUGGUACCCACCUGCGCAGUGUCUGCAUCUAUGGGGCUGGAGAAUUAAGAUGGCUUCUGAAUUAUGGACACUGGUUCGCCAACAAGAUUGACUCCAAAGUAGAUCCUGUCCUGGUAAAAUGCUUGGCAGAAAAGGUGGCAGAACAACAGGAGGAGUGGGUACAUUUGUCCUCUGAUGAACACUUUCUGCACUUAAGUUCUACGAAUGCCUUGACGUAGCAGUGCUGUGCUCUCUGCUUUCAGUACUGUGUGCUUGGCAUCUGCAGUUCUGCUGCCCUGACCUGCUGCAGGAUGGCAGUGAGAAAAAAUCCAUUCUAUAUAAUGUCCAGGGCCCUGCAGAGCCAGGUGCCUGGCUAUUUAUUUAUGAAAAUUCACUUCUCUCUGAUUAACUGUUUUGCCACAAUAAACCUACAGUUGUCUUCAGGGUGAUUCUGAGAUGGUGAAGUUUGCUUUUGGAGGCUCUUGUGCUGUCUGUCCCAGUGGAGUAUUUCAGAAAUGUAUUUUACUUCAAGUGUGUUUGUAUCUUUUAUAAGAAACUCCAGCACUUCCGUCUGCCUGUCCUCUUUUCCUUCACUUUUUCUUUUCUUAAAGGAAUAAAGGGAAGACCUCUGUAUCUGCUACCUCAGGAAAACUGCAAGUGCCCAUCUCACAGAAAAAACAAAGAAAUCAGCAUGA